AGAGAAAGAGAGCAGACGCUGGCAGACGCCGCACUCAUUGACGCAGAUAUUGCAAGUUUAGUGAGAAAAGCUAGAUUUAAACGUCAGCAUGGCGGCCGAAAAUGCUGCUCUUGAAGACGAGAAGAUGUGGGAGGACGAAGAGGACGCCCUUGCCGAGGAGGUCCUGCGUAUGUCUACGGAUGAAAUCGUAUCUAGAGCCCGACUUCUCGAUAAUGAAGUCAAAAUCAUGAAAAGUGAAGUGAUGCGUAUCUCACAUGAGCUUCAGGCUCAGACGGACAAAAUCAAAGAGAACACCGAGAAGAUCAAAGUUAAUAAGACCUUGCCCUAUUUGGUCUCCAAUGUUAUUGAGCUUCUAGAUGUUGAUCCUGAAGAAACUGAGGAAGAGGGUGCUGUUGUUGACCUAGACUCCCAGCGGAAGGGAAAAUGCGCCGUAAUUAAGACAUCUACGAGACAGACAUACUUCUUGCCUGUGAUAGGCCUUGUUGAUGCUGAAAAGUUGAAACCUGGUGACUUAGUUGGUGUGAAUAAAGACUCCUACUUGAUUCUUGAAACUCUCCCUGCUGAAUAUGACGCCAGAGUAAAGGCGAUGGAGGUAGAUGAAAGACCAACUGAGCAGUACUCUGAUAUCGGUGGUCUCGACAAGCAGAUUCAAGAGCUAAUUGAGGCUGUUGUUUUACCAAUGACACACAAAGAAAAGUUUGUGAACCUGGGAAUUCAUCCACCCAAAGGAGUCUUAUUGUAUGGUCCACCAGGAACAGGCAAAACACUUUUAGCUCGAGCAUGUGCGGCUCAAACAAAAUCAACUUUCCUGAAAUUGGCUGGGCCUCAACUGGUACAGAUGUUUAUCGGUGAUGGAGCCAAACUUGUUCGAGAUGCUUUCGCUUUGGCCAAAGAAAAGUCACCAGCAAUUGUUUUUAUUGACGAGUUAGAUGCUAUAGGAACAAAGCGUUUUGAUUCUGAGAAGGCUGGAGACCGAGAAGUGCAAAGAACUAUGUUAGAACUCCUCAAUCAGUUGGAUGGUUUCAGUUCCACUGCUGACAUUAAGGUUAUAGCAGCAACAAACAGAGUGGACAUUUUAGAUCCUGCUUUGUUGCGAUCUGGACGUUUGGACCGUAAAAUUGAAUUCCCACACCCUAAUGAGGAAGCUAGAGCUAGGAUUAUGCAAAUUCACUCCAGGAAGAUGAAUGUUUCUCCUGAUGUCAAUUUUGAAGAACUGUCAAGAACUACCGAUGACUUUAAUGGUGCCCAAUGCAAAGCUGUCUGUGUGGAAGCGGGUAUGAUUGCUCUGAGGAGGAGUGCAAAUACUGUCACCCAUGAGGACUUCAUGGAUGCUAUUAUGGAAGUGCAGGCCAAGAAGAAGGCUAACCUUAACUACUAUGCUUAAGCUAAAUAAAUAGAGAUGUAAAAAUAAUUCAUGAUUCAACUGACAUUUAAUUUGAUCUCCUUUUUUAAAUGUGUGAAGAGUGAGGGGGGAAAAAAAGCACCUGAAUCAUUUUAUAUGUUGGUUUAUUAUUGUAACACAAACCAUAACAGCCAUUAUAAUUAUUUCAUAACCUGUGCAGAAAUGUAUCCAUUUUGGUUGCAGAAAAGUUGUUAAAUAUUAAAAUGAGAUUAUUCACA